UCUUGGUUAGAGAAGUUGCUUCGGCUUUUUCGUUGAUGGCGUGAGGAUGAGACCCAACCUGCCGAACGACCUUCACCGAUGAACAACGUGUUUGUUUGUUUAUAUUGUUUCAGCAGAAAUUUAAUCAUUUAAUAGCACUACUUUACUACAUAACAUUGAAGCUCACAGCAACCAUUUUUAAAAAAAAAAAAAACUUUUGUAAUACAAUGACCGGAGUUUUUGACAGUCUUGCGACAGAUAUGCAUUCGAACCAAAUUACCUCGAACAAUUAUCACAGCUUGCACAAAUCGCAGGAAUCUCCAACUUUGCCGGUGUCGACUGCCACGGACAGCAGCUACUACAACAACCAGCAACCUGGACACUGCACUGGGUCGCCCUAUGGACAGCUCGGGUCGUACCAGUACCACACAGGUGGUAUGAACAAUGUUCAGUACAAUACCAAACCAUACGACCUCGGUUUCAACACCACUUACGGCACGUACGGCUCUUACACUUCGAGUUCUUCACCAACUCCCACCGAUGCAGAGAAAGAAGAGAGCGAACCCGAAAUCCGAAUGGUCAACGGAAAGCCAAAGAAAGUAAGGAAACCUAGAACGAUUUACUCCAGCUUCCAGCUGGCCGCCCUUCAGAGACGGUUCCAAAAGACACAGUAUCUGGCUUUACCCGAAAGAGCCGAGCUGGCGGCCUCAUUGGGCCUGACGCAAACCCAGGUAAAAAUAUGGUUUCAAAACCGCCGCUCCAAGUUCAAGAAGUUGUGGAAAAGUGGAGAAAUUCCCCCGGAACAACAUGUGGCUCCCAGUGAAUCUCCCCCCUGCAACUCCCCACCAGCCACCGUCGCCUGGGACUUUCCUCCGAACCAGAGAAUGAACAAUGUAAAUUCAAGCCUGGCCCAAAGCAGCAGCCCUCCCAAUACGACUGCCCCUUCGUUUUUAGCAAAUUAUUCUUGGUACUCGUCCACGAACUCUGCAACGCAUCUACAGCCUAACCCGUUAUUACAGCACCAUCACAGCUCCGUGAGCGCUGGACCCAUAUUUUAACACUGGUCGCACUUCGUCUGAGAGCACGAGUGUGAGCGAAACAAGUACCGUUGAACUCGCUUUUCCACCCGGACAUCGAGUAUGUACACUUUGGGGACAAAACUAAAAUGUGCAGCUGCGAUAAACCUGAUGUACGUGCCAGUUUUCCUGCCUAAGUUUACCCAGCCGUUUGUUUAAUGUGUUAUUAAAAAAAAAACUGGUCUGCGAGUGGAGACGUAUUCUGUAACUUGUUCUGGACGAACCAGCACAUGUUAAAUUAUUAUUAUUUUUUGUAUUUAUUUAUUUGUUUGGGGGAUGCAAAUAUGAACAAAAAAGACCACUAAUAUCCAAAGGAAUGAAAGACUAUUUUAUGCCCUGGAGUUCUCGAAUGGACACCUUUCCUUGACACCUCUGCUGGUAAUGUGUAUUACAGCAGAAUUGUAUCAAUAAAUAUGUAGCACAUUUUUAAACUGUA